AUGCCUAGUUAUGUGAAGUUCAUGAAGAAUGUAUUGUCUAAGAAGAGGAGGAUGGAAGAUUAUGAGACAAUAGCUUUGACUGAAGAGUGUAGUGCCAUAUUACAGUGGAAGCUUCCUCAAAAGGUAAGGGAUCCAAGGAGCUUUACAAUACCUUGCACCAUUGGUAAUUUUCAGUGUGAAAGAGCGUUAUGUGAUUUGGGUGCAAAUUUUAUAGUACUUGACAUGGAGGAAGAUGAGGAUGUUCUUAUUAUCUUAUGGAGGCCAUUUUUAGCCACUGGGCAAGCUUUGAUAGAUGCACAGAAUGGGGAGUUGAGGUCAAGGGUUCAAGGUGAUGAGGUGGUCUUCAAUGUGUUCAAGGCUUUGACUUAUCCUUGGACAAGUGACAGUUGUUGCAGUGUGAGUGUUUUAGAUGAAGAAUGUUCCAAGGGGAGGCCUACAGAAGAUCCUCUUGAGUUGAGUCUGAUAUCGAGCCUAGAAGAAUGUGAUGGCACUGAGUAUGUGAAAUGGUUGAAUGCAGCUGGGCAAAUUUACAAGAAAAAGUAUGAAGAAUUGGGGCAAGGGUCUGAGUGA